AUGUCUCAAAGUAUAGGCACAAACUGCAACGACUUGAAAAUCGAAUACGACAAGUGUUUUAAUAAAUGGUACUCCGAAAAAUUCCUUAAAGGCGACGUGCGACCUGAAUGCAAAGAAUUAUUUGAGGCAUAUCGUGCUUGUGUGCUGGACGCUGUUAAAAAAAAGAAAAUAGACAAGAUAAUUAGUGAUGCGAGAAAAGAUGACCCUUUUCCGGCUGCUGCGAAUUCACCUUCGUCUCCUUUGGAGGACAUCAAUAAGCAUUAUCACCACGAAUAA